GGACCCCGGAAGUAUCCGGCACGUGUUGUCAGGAGAAGGAUGGAAGCGGCGGAGUCGAGUUUGCGGGAGAUAGGUUGUGAGCAGAGCCUGCUGAGCCGGCCCGAUGGCUCCGCCACCUUCAUGCAGGGAGACACCUCGGUUCUGGCUGGAGUGUAUGGGCCAGCAGAAAUUAAAUUCAGCAAAGAGAUGCACGAUAAAGCCACCAUCGACGUGAUGCUUAGACCCAAAGUGGGUUUGCCUGCAAUACAAGAGAAGAACCAGGAGCAGUUGAUUCGAGAGACAUGCGAGUCUGUGAUUUUAGGCACCCUGCACCCUCGAACAUCGAUCACCGUUGUACUACAGAUUAUAAAUGAUGCUGGUUCUUUACUUGCCUGCUGCCUUAAUGCGGCCUGCAUGGGUUUGAUGGAUGCAGGGCUCCCUACGCGGGCUCUCUUCUGUGGAGUCACAUGUGCACUGGAUGCCGAUGGUCAGUUAAUCCUCGACCCCAAUCUGAAGCAGCAAAAGGAGAGCCGUGCAGUGUUAACCUUUGCACUAGAGAGUACAGAGAAGAAGGUGUUGAUGGUUUGCUCCCGAGGCAUGUAUUCCCCUGCAGAGCUCCAGCAGUGUGUUGCAGCCGCCCAAAUCUCUGCCCAAAAAAUCUUCCAGUUCUACAGGGACUCCGUGAAGAGGAGAUAUUCCAAAUCGUGACCGAAGGAAA